AUGUACAUCACUCUCUACUUUAUAGUCACCCGCCUCCCUAACUCUCUUCGCGCUGGGUGUUCCCCCUCCCCCUUGCCCCCUCCUACGCCCCCUGCUGCUGCUGUUGACGUCCUUGGUGCUGAGGAUGUCGGAGCUGUUUCCACUAGUGGGAAGCGCCCGCAGCAGCAAGGGCAAGGGGUGGCAGGGUGGUGGUGGGGUGCAGCGGGGGUGGUGGUGGGGGCAGCAGUGGUGGUGGUGGAGGCGGUGGAGGUGUUGGCAGCGGUGGGAGUGGUGGCGGGAGUGGGGGCUCUGGUGGCGGUGGUGGAGGCAGCGGUGCGGGGUGGCGGUAGUGGCAGCGGUGGGGGCGGUGGAGGUAGGACUGGAGCUCAGCGUGGAGGUUCUGGAGGAGGCCAGAGGCAGCGGCAGCAGCGUCGGAGCGAGACCCCGUCGCCCCAGCAGCUGUGA